AUGCCUCUUUUCUACGUUCCAUUAUUAUUAAUAACUUUAGUAUAUUUACUAUACCGCCACUUCACUAAGAAACUGAACUACUGGACAACAAAAAACAUUGCCGGACCACAACCGAUACCAUUUUUCGGAAAUUUAAAAGAAUCCGCAUUAAGAAGAGUGCCCGUCGGUUUGCUAUAUAAAAAGUUUUAUGAAGAUUUUCCUGAAGAAAAAAUCGUUGGCAUAUAUUUGAUGAAAACACCAGCCAUUCUAAUUAGAGAUUUAGAAAUAGCGAAGCAUGUUUUGAUAAAAGAUUUUGACAUGUUCGCUGAUAGAGGAAUCAAGUUUGGGGAGAAAGAUAUGGGUGCCAAUCUAUUCCACGCUGACGGUGAUACUUGGAGAGUGCUGAGGUCUCGAUUUACUCCACUGUUCACAUCAGGGAAGCUGAAAAACAUGCUGCAUCUGAUCGAUGAACGAGCGGAAAAUUUUGUAGAAUAUGUAGACUUGAUCACUAAAGACAAUACCGAACAUGAAGUGCAUUCAUUAGUACAAAAAUACACGCAAGCGACAAUAGCAGCGUGCGCGUUCGGUUUAGACAUGGACACAUACGGUCAACUAGCAGACACGCUAAAAAGAAUAGACAAGAAGAUCUUCACAGUCAAUUCCAGUUCCAUUUUAGACAUGAUGUACCCUGGUAUACUUAAAAAAAUGGGUGGAUCCAAGUUCCCUAAAGAAGUUAAAGAAUUCUUUUUCGAUUUAACAAAAAGAAUCAUUAGUCAAAGGCAAGGCAAACCUACGGAAAGAAACGACUUUAUGGACUUGAUUCUAGCUCUGAGACAAAAGGAGAUUCAAUGUCGAACGAAAAAUGACGAUAAUUUAAUCCUGGAUAUGAACGACAGCGUAAUAUCAGCACAGUCUUUUGUUUUCUAUGCAGCGGGAUACGAAACCAGUGCUUCCACUAUGGGUUUCCUUCUAUACCAGCUAGCUUUAAACCAAGACCUACAAGAUAAAGUAAUUGAAGAACUAGAUGCAGUUCUAAAAAAGCAUAAUGGAGAGAUAUCAUUAGAAGUUAUAUCUGAGUUAUCUUAUAUGGGAAAAGUAUUUGAUGAGACGCUUAGAAUGUAUCCUAUAAUAGAUAAAUUGAAAAGAUGUGCCCAAACGGACUACAAAGUGCCUGAGACUGACCUUACGAUAAAGAAAGGGCAGAUCGUGAUAGUGCCCGUGCAUGGAAUCCAUUUUGAUGAGAAAUACUACCCUAACCCUGAGGUGUUUAACCCUGAGCGAUUUUCUCCAGAGAACGUGGCAGCGAGGCACUCAUGCGCAUAUAUGCCGUUCGGAUUGGGACCGCGACAUUGCAUAGGUAUGCGCUUCGCCGUCGUCCAAUCCAGGGUGUGUCUCGCCAAGCUGCUGGCUCGCUUCCGCGUGGCGCGCUCUUCUAACACUAAGAGUUUUUGCGAAUUCUCUCCUACAAGGCUGGUCUUAUACCCAGAGGGUGGUAUCAAACUGAAUUUUGUUAGGAGGAAUUAG